CCACCACCCCAGCUUUUUACUCCCUUCUCUCCGCCAGCAACUGCGUCGCUCUCUAUUAUGUAGAUCACACGACAAUGUCUAUCCGAGCCAAGGGAGACAAGGCUGACAGAAUCAUUGCGCUUCUGUCUCCAAGUUGCGCCGACUUCCUCAUAACCCUGUUUGCCGCUUUACGACUAGGUUAUGGAGUUCUACUGCUGGCACCCCAGAACACAACAGAGGCUAUAACCCACCUUUGUCGUGCUGCUUCGGCUAGUCACAUCAUCUGUCACUCUUCGCUGCUGGGACAAGGUCAGAAAGCGAACGGAGGCUCAACAGAGAUCACACUUGUACCUAUGGCGUCCCGGUCAGCGUGGGGGUACAAAGCGUCAGAGGCUACUCUUCUUGCUACUACGUUGAAUCCGGCAGAUGAAAGAGACUUAACCGCUCUUGUCAUGCACACUAGUGGAUCGACCGGCACGCCCAAGCCGAUAUAUCAUCCACAUCGCAUCUGGACGACGGCAAUUCCGUGUAUGCCGGGUCAGCCUGCCUUCACUACAACCCCGCUUUUCCACGGAGGCAGUGCGGACUUAUUUCGAUCCAUGAAUGCCCUUUCGACGCUUUACCUCUUUUCUUCAGCGUACCCGAUGACAGUGUCGAACAUCCUCGGAGCACUCUCAGUCUGUCCCGAUGUUCGGGCGUUCCUAUCCGUUCCCUACAUUCUGAAGAUGCUCGCCGAAAGCUCAGAGGGUCUCAAGAUGUUGCAGACCAUGGAUCUAGUGAGCACUGGCGGUGCGCCGCUACCAGAGGCUCUGGGCAACGAUAUGGUGCGGCAAGGUGUCAAGCUUGUCAGUCGCCUCGGUUCCAGCGAAUGUGGAUUCCUCAUGAGCUCUCACCGCGAUUAUGAGAACGACAAAGAAUGGGCCUGGCUGCGCAACAACGGCUUUGGCCUGAAAUUUCUGCGUUUUGUGCCUGUCGCUGAUUCCGAAGAAGAGAACAUGUAUGAGCUAGUUGUUGAUAAAGAGUGGUCGACAAGGGUUGUCUCAAAUCGGCCAGACAGCAGCUUCGCCACCGGUGAUUUGUAUGCUAAGCAUCUGACUAUGCCGGAUACGUGGCGGUACCAUGGGCGGACCGAUGACAUCGUUGUUCUGAUAACAGGCAAGAAAGCGUCAGCGAACUCUCUUGAGACCGCUCUUCGUGCCUGUCCGGCCGUCUCUGAAGCCGUCGUCUUUGGAACGGAGCGUCCCGCUCUCGGUGCCAUCAUCCUUCCCGCCUCUUCUUCCACUAGCAGGCAAGAAAUUCUCGAACAAGUACACUUCGUCAACGAUUCCAGCACGCCCUACGCACGUAUACCGGACCAGCUCGUAAUCAUCCUAGGCGCUUCCGCCGCUGCUGACAUACCCAAGACCAGCAAGGGGUCCGUUAUCAGACCGAAAGCGUUGCAGGCGUUUGCCACCCUCAUCGAAGAGGCCUAUAAGCGUUUGGACAGUAGCAGUGCCGAACCAGAGGAUAAUGUCGACUGCAGAGUUGAUACCUCACUCAGCGGAGAGGCAGAUGUGAAAACAUACAUCAGGGACUGCGUGCUGAAGGCUCUUCGGCAGCGACAACACUCCCAGGCCAGCGCUGAUGGGCCCUCGGACACAAGUGAUGGGGAUGAUCUCUUCAACGCAGGCAUUGAUUCCGUUCAAGCCGUAGUGGUUCGAAGUUCUUUGCAAAAGUUGAUAGCAGAGUCUGGGAAUAAUCUCUCAAGUAAUGUCGUGUUCGAACACCCAUCUAUUGCGAGAUUAACCAAACAUAUUCUCGACCUUCGCAGUGGAAUUGUCUCCACGCCCGCCAGUGAGGUAACAGAAGAAGGCCAGCAUCGACUGAUGCGCCAGCUGCUCCAAAGAUACUCUUUUCCUGUGGACGCGGUUUCGAGUCCCAUUUCUGAGGAACGAUACGGUGACGACCCAGACGAAGAUGGCAUCGUUAUUAUUACUGGCGUUACUGGGUCGCUCGGCGUGCAUAUCAUGAUGAGAUACCUAACAAUGACCGGUCUUCGGGUCUUCGCACUGGUUCGGGCUUCCGACGGCUCGCACGCCCUCCGUCGCAUCGUCGAUAACAUGAAACAUCGUGAUGAUCUCGACGCUUUCGAGGAGCUCCAACAUCGGGUAACGGCCCUUGCAGCUAAUCUCAGCGAAGAGCGUUUGGGAUUGCGAGAGGAUGUCUUCCAGGAGAUGGUCGAAAAGACUGUUGCCGUGAUCCAUGUAGCUUGGCCGGUCAACUUUGCAUUGAACCUUGAGAGCUUCGAGCCAGCACUUAGAGGCCUGCGACACCUGCUAGAUUUAACCUCCCGCUCCCAACGAGGAGCUCGCCUCGUCUUCUGUUCCUCAACAUCUGCCGCACUCAACUCCGUGGACGAGGCGAACGUCGUCUACGAGCGUCUCCCGGAAAGCGAAAGCGCUGCUGCGCCUGUGGGCUACGCGCGGUCGAAAUGGGUCGCUGAACACCUGUGCCAGAACGCGCACGAGACCGUUUUGGCAGGUCGUGUGGCCGUCGCACGCAUAGGGCAGCUGUGCGGCGAUACUGAAGACGGAAUCUGGAACGAGAGCGAGGCAUGGCCACUGCUCAUUGCUAGUUUGCGGUACACGGGAUGCCUCCCGACACUAGCGAACGAGAAAUUAUCACUGCUGCCUUUCGACAUCGCAGCUCGAGCCAUCAUGCUUAUUGCGAAUUUCUCUAUCACUUCACUUCCCCGGGAGUUCUCAGCGAAUGGUGACUUACCCAUUGCCCACGUCUUGAAUCCUAACAAGCUUCUUUGGAAUGACCUGUUAUCCUGCCUCUCCUCCUCUGGCCUCUCCUUCCAGAAGGUAGCCCCUACCGAAUGGAUGUCUCGCCUAAGGGCUUUACAAGCUGAAGACCGCCUGGAUCCUGCCACCGCUCGUCUCCUAGACCUGUGGCAAGAGGAGAUGGUCGAAAAGACUGUUGCCGUGAUCCAUGUAGCUUGGCCGGUCAACUUUGCACUGAACCUUGAGAGCUUCGAGCCAGCACUUAGAGGCCUGCGAAAUUUGCUAGAUUUAACCUCCCGCUCCCGACGAGGAGCUCGCCUCGUCUUCUGUUCCUCAACAUCUGCCGCACUCAACUCCGUGGACGAGGCGAACGUCGUCUACGAGCGUCUCCCGGAAAACGAAAGCGCUGCUGCGCCUGUGGGCUACGCGCGGUCGAAAUGGGUCGCUGAACACCUGUGCCAGAACGCGCACGAGACCGUUUUGGCAGGUCGUGUGGCCGUCGCACGCAUAGGGCAGCUGUGCGGCGAUACUGAAGACGGAAUCUGGAACGAGAGCGAGGCAUGGCCACUGCUCAUUGCUAGUUUGCGGUACACGGGAUGCCUCCCGACACUAGCGAACGAGAAAUUAUCACUGCUGCCUUUCGACAUCGCAGCUCGAGCCAUCAUGCUUAUUGCGAAUUUCUCUAUCACUUCACUUCCCCGGGAGUUCUCAGCGAAUGGUGACUUACCCAUUGCCCACGUCUUGAAUCCUAACAAGCUUCUUUGGAACGACCUGUUAUCCUGCCUCUCCUCCUCUGGCCUCUCCUUCCAGAAGGUAGCCCCUACCGAAUGGAUGUCUCGCCUAAGGGCUUUACAAGCUGAAGACCGCCUGGAUCCUGCCACCGCUCGUCUCCUAGACCUGUGGCAAGAGUAUGUGGACCAUCCAAAUGGGAACGACGAGCCAGUGUACGAUCUUUCUGCUGCCGAACGGGUGACGACGUGCACCCGUGACAUCGCCAAGAUAGACUGGCCUGUGCUUGUUGGAAGAUGGGUGUCGAGCUGGCGGCGUUCGGAUUUCCUACCUGUGUGAGAUUUGGAAGUGGCAAUCAAGGGGCAAAAGGUUUCCGUUUUCCCUUCGUCGUUUACUCCGCGAACAUGCAUCGAACACAUUGCAGACUAUAAGCCGAAAAUUGUAGAGGCUCGGCUCAAAUGACACGCCAAAGUCUACCCGAGGUGUCCUUUUGCGAACCUAAUACAUAAGCACAUACACUCGUCAUAUCCCAGUAUGAAACACCGAGCCUUUUCUUUCGCGCACGGGUAUGACAUAUGUCUACGUUGGCAUCUUCAGACACGCCGUCCUCAGUCCAUCGCCGGCCCACUUGGCGACCUCUAUGAGCAGCUCCCGCUUCUUGUCUGCCGCAGUGUUCGAGCGCAGCUCAUACAGCGUC